AAGAAGAAAGGGGGUGGGUAACAGAAAGCACCCGAAGAAGAGAUAUAUGUCUGAGUAAACAUGGCCUCGCCCGUCGGCUGUAAGCAUUAUGUUCGCAGUUGUCUAUUGAAAGCUCCAUGCUGUGGGAAACUGUAUGUGUGUCGACUCUGCCACGAUGCAGAAGAAAACCACCAGAUGGAUCGCUUCAAAGUCAGAGAGGUUCUGUGCUCCGAGUGUGAGACCCUGCAGAAGACUCAGAAGAACUGUCAGCAGUGCCAUGUGCAGUUUGGGGAGUAUUACUGCGACAUCUGUCACCUGUUUGACAAGGAUAAGAAGCAGUACCACUGUCAGCCGUGUGGGAUAUGCAGGAUUGGGCCCAGAGAGAAGUACUUUCACUGUGAGAAGUGCAAUUUGUGUUUAGCUCAGGAUCUGCGAGGAAACCACAAGUGUGUCGAGAACGUAUCUAGACAGAACUGCCCAGUGUGUAUGGAGGAUAUACACACAUCCAGGAUUGGAGCUCAUGUUCUUCCUUGCGGCCAUCUUUUACACAAGACUUGCUUUGAUGACAUGAUCAGAACAGGAGCUUACCGCUGUCCUCUGUGCAUGCAUUCUGCUUGGAACAUGGACGAACACUGGGAAUUGAUAGAUAAGGAGAUUGCCCAGACACCAAUGCCCACUGAAUAUCAAGGCGCUACUGUCAAAGUAAUUUGCAAUGACUGCCAGACCCACUGCACCGUGGCUUUUCAUGUGUUGGGGAUGAAGUGCGCUGAAUGUGGCUCCUACAACACAGCUCAAGACGGAGGACUCAUCCAGCAGCAGCAGGAGCCGCAGCAGGACACUGAUCAGUACACAGACAAUGAGCCAGAACCGCAGGAUCCGCCGGGAUCAGAGAUGCCACAUUAAAAGUUUUAAUGGAAGACUGACUUUUAAUUCGUGCACUCAUACGUGUCAAUGUAUAUUAAUAAAAUUACAGACUGUUCUAAAUGUAUUAAAAAGGUAAACCCAUCUAAUUCAUGUCCUUCAUCUUAACAUGUGAGACAGAGGCCUCAGUGAUAGGACUCAGUUAAAUCCUAGGAAUAUCUUAUCAAUACCUGCAGACAGUUUACAGUCAGACUUGAAUGCUUUCAGACAGUGACAUACUGUGGGUUAUAACUGACUCUGUUAACGCAUUUAACAGUUUGUGCCACAAAAUCUGUUUAAUAGCUAAUCAUAAGUUUUUGUACAAUAUAUGGCAUGUCAAAUUUUCAAGAACACCUUGAGUUUGGUAAAAAUAUAAAAUUGGAAGUGAUGUACAGUAAUGUCACUUAAUAACAGCUGUUUGUUGUAGAACAUGGCUUUCAGAUUGAUCUCUUUUCAGCAAUUGUGCUUUCAGUCCUAGUCUAGAGUUUGUAUUCCACAGAUUCAGAGCUUGAUGAAUUAACUCCUCCUGGGCUCUAAAGCCUCAUUCUGGCUGCAGAUUAGGCCUCCAUCCUUUUGAAAAUAUUUAAGCUUUCUGCUUCAUAUGUUUCAUACCUCCUCUUGCCUUUAAUUUUUCUUUUGAAGCUGGUUGUGUGGGAGGUGGUAGAGAUUUUUUAUUUACCUGUACAAGUAAUCAGCAAUCUGAUGUCAGAUCUGGAAGAAACUCGUGGAGCGGGAAACGAUAACUGUUUCUUUUGGCGUGCCUUGUAAAGUGUUCACCCUCCUUGCCAUUUUUCAUAUUUCAUAUUCAACCUCCUCGCAACCUUGAAUUGAAAUCCAUAGCUUUUCUGCCAUUUCAUUAAUAUAACAAGAGGUUGUUAGUAAUUUGUUACAUUUAAUUGAGUAACAAUAUGAAAAAAUGCAUGUUUAGAAGUAGGUUUACUCUGUGGUACUUUUUACUUUAGUAAUAUUCUUGUAAAGUAUUGCUACUCCUACUUGAGUAAAACCUCUGACUACUCUGUUCUCAGUGAUUUGAACUAUUUCAGAAUCAGGUAAACAUACAGGAAACAGUAGAUAUUAACAGUAACACUCAACAUACAGUUCUCAUUGUACGGAUUUCUAGGUUUUAUGUUGGGGAAAACAAUUGGUAAAAGUAUUUCUUCUGCACUAAUUUGUUCUUUUAUAUUCAUGACAUUUAUUUGUUUUUUUCAGGCAUUUGAGUCUUUAAAAUACCAGAGCUUGCACAUAAAGUCUGCCAGCAUCAUUUAUAAACAUUAAAUAUAAUGUUUUUAUCCCACAAUUACUUGGUACAGAAGUAGCCUUUUUUACGUAUUUACUUUUACUUGAGUAAUUUCUUGGAUGGCUACUUUUUACUUUGUGUAAAAAAAAAUUAAAGUAGUGCUACUCUUAAUUACAAUUUUUGGGAAUCCUACCCACCUCUUGUUACAACUUUGAAGAUGUAUAAUUCUGCUAAUUGAGAAGCAAACAAAAGGACAGAAAACUGCCACCUGCUUCGUCCACACCCACCCCUAAACUUGGCAGCCAUCUUUGGCCGUGUUUACAGCUGCAAUUUGCUUUAGCUAAAUCUCUCUGAGCUUGCAGACUGCUUCCUCAAGUUGAUUGGGGUGAACAGCUACCUUUUAAUCAUUCUAGAUUGAAUUGGCGGCUGGACUUUGAAUCGGCCAUUUUGACAUGUCUGUCCUGUUGGAAGGUGAACCAUCCCAGUCAUAAAAUGAUGCUGGUUUACUUCAAGAACAUCCCAGUAUUCAGCACCAUCAGCCUCUCUUUAUCUUGGACCAGUUUCCUAAUCCCUGCCGCUGAAAACCAUUCCCAAAGGAAGGGUUUUACUUUGUAGUCUAAAUGAAUAUUUUAGUUUUAUCUUACCAUAACACCCUGCUCCAUUCAUUGAGUCUCCCAUAAGCAUUUUAGCCAAACUACCCUUAUUUAAGACCUAAGUAAUGGCUUUUGUUUUGAAUUUCUUCCAUAGAGCUCAGAACUGUGGAGGGUACAGCUUAUUAUGGUACUAUGAACAGAUACUUUAUCUACUCCAAAGUCUGCACUACCUCAGGGUUACAUUUGGUCUCUGUUCUCAGAUUAAUGCUAUCCUUGCCCGGUCUGUGAGUUUUAGCGGACAGCCCUGUUAGCGGGUGUCCUGUGGUACUGUGUGCUUUCCAAUGGAAGCAGUUGGAUUUGAUGGCGCUUAGUGUUUUUUUUUAGCUUGUGGGGCUUUUCAUAACAGGUGUGGUGACACUGAUAGAUGAUGUGACACUUAUACACAUAUGUAGACCUCAUGUCACUGAUAACGUGACUUUUGAUGGUAAUUGGAUGCAGUUAAUCUUUUUGAGGGCAUCAUAGCAAAUUUGACAUAUUUCCAUGCCAUUUAUUAUUUUUUUUUAAUAAUUUAAAUAUUUUUUUGCAGAUCUAUCACUUAGAAAAGAUUUAAAAUGAAUUAGAUUUACAUGUUAAAAUGUAAGAAAAUAGAUUAAAGGUGGAGGGUGAAUACUAUAGCAAAGCAAAGCAGUUGAGCCUAAGACUCCAUGUUAAAUUUUGAGAUUCAUGCUUUAUUCAGUUGUUGAGGGUGUCAGUAUUUCCAAUGCCCAUGUUACGAUCAGCUUAAUAAAUAGUACUAGGUAUUGGUGACAUGUUUCCAUUCAUUCAGAACAAAAAGUGCAGCAAAAAUUGAAGAUUAUUUUUAACUAGUGUGUUUUAACAUGGCAUCAUAUAGUGCUCCAUUACAGCUGCAGAGAACAAUUUUCAAUCCAGCACACUGUUUAGUAUUAACAGAUUUAAUCCUCAUAAAAGCAGCUCAUAAAAAUCAACAAAUGUUUAAACCUUAACUUUAUAAAAUAUUGGAUAAUAGUAAAUAAUAAAUAUUUGCCUAAGGCCUUAUAUUGCAAAUAUGCACUAAGACUGCUAAAAAUACAUUCCACUCGUCAAACCUCUAAAUGAUAAAGAUUGUUAGCAAAGCAAAGACAAUGUGGCUGCCUUUCUCUGAGGAUGUAGCAGAGUGUUUAUAGACAGAGACAGAAAAAGCUUCGGACUUUUAUUUUGGAUAUUUUGUUGCCACAGAGGCUAUAUUUAACGGAUUGAAAUUAAAUCAAUAUGAGAAAAUAUUUUUAAUGUGUAAUCCUGCGAUUAUUGACUAUUUUCUUAAAAUAAAGAAAAUAAGUGAGUUGCCUUUGCUGGGAUCUCCAAUGAGCACUUCUCAAAGAUCAGUCAAGCUCGGCAAAGAUUCAGCUUUCUUAUACUCAACAUGGUUCUGUUUAGAAAAAAUAAACCCAUGUUUGAUUAAAAUUAAUUUACCCUUCAAGUGAAAGACCUCUAUUUAAAUGUAUCAUCAUCUUAGAUGGCUGAUAAAUUGAUGUACCUUUCUCUUGUUCCCAAGGUGGUUUGAUUGUGGAGCAUUUGACAAAGUGCAACUGUUAUAAAUGGAGCUAUUGAGUAUUUAUUGCUUAAUAUUUAAUUGCUUCAGUUUGUCUUGUGUUUGCUGUUUUAAAUUCAUGAUAUUCAAGGACACAAUUAAAAAUUGUAAUUAUGUGUAGUUUAAUGAAUUGCAAUGACAGAUUUCCAUAGAGUUAUACUUUAUUGUUCUACGUGAAAAAAGCAAACAAGACAGAUGUUUUUUUUUUUUUC